AUGACGGACAUUGCACACGGCAGCAGGUACGACCGUGGCGCAGCGGCCAGCACGGCUGCCGAGCAGGUUGCGGCGGGCCAGUACGCUGAAAACAAGCCGCGCGCCAUCAUGUUUGUCAACAAGCGCCCGGUUGAGAUCAUUCCGCAGGAGGAGAACGUGCUAGAGGUGCUGGAGCGGGAGGGCAUCACCGUACCGAAGUUCUGCUACCACCCCAUCCUCUCCGUGGCCGGAAACUGCCGUAUGUGCAUGGUGCAGGUGGACGGAACUCAGAACAUCGUCGUCGCCUGCUCCACCGUGGCGUUGCCUGGCAUGUCCAUCAUCACCGACAGUCGCCUCGUGCGCGACGCCCGCGAGGGCAAUGUGGAGCUCAUCCUGAUCAACCACCCGAACGACUGCCCGAUUUGCGAGCAGGCCACCAACUGCGAUCUGCAGAACGUGAGCAUGAACUACGGCUCCGACAUCCCGCGCUACCGCGAGGACAAGAGAGCCGUGGAGGACUUUUACUUUGACCCCCAGACACGCGUCGUGCUGAACCGCUGCAUCCACUGCACCCGCUGCAUCCGCUUCUUGAACGAGCACGCGCAGGACUUCAACCUCGGCCAGAUUGGCCGCGGCGGGCUGAGCGAGAUUUCGACCUUUCUAGAUGAGCUGGAGGUGAAGACAGACAACAAUAUGCCCGUCUCUCAGCUAUGCCCCGUCGGGAAGCUGUACAUGGGCGAUGCAGACGAGAACAACGACAUAGUGCGCGAGCUCGAGGCUGCGGAGGCAACGGCGUGA